UAAACCGAUUUUCUACUUGUAUCAAUUCCUGAUCCUUGUAGCUGUCGUCAACCAUUCACCACCUUCUCAACUCGCCGAUUAUGGUUAAGAAAGUAUUGCUCAUAAAUGGUCCUAACUUGAACCUUUUAGGAACCAGAGAACCAGAAAAGUAUGGAACAACCUCAUUGAAAGAUAUCGAAGAGGCAGGAAUAAAGCAAGCACAGGCCAAGAAUAAUGGAUCAGAAUUGUUGGUCUACCAAAACAACACCGAAGGAUUCAUAAUCGAUCGUAUUCAUGAGGCGCAAAGACAGGGAGUGGGCUUCAUUAUCAUUAAUGCUGGUGCCUAUACCCAUACGUCUGUGGGGAUAAGAGAUGCUCUCUUGGGAACUGCCAUACCAUUUAUAGAGGUCCACAUCACCAAUGUCCACCAAAGAGAGCCCUUCAGACACCAGUCAUACUUAAGCGACAAGGCGUUGGCGGUGGUUUGUGGAUUGGGGGUCUACGGCUACACUGCUUCCAUCGAGUAUGCGUUGAAUUACUAAGGGUGAAGUUUAGCAUAGAAUUAUAUAAGCAACCUACCAAUACGCUCCUAAAGAAUUGUCAUCUGUAG